GUUUAAAGUACACUGAGUUCAGGUUAAAAACCAACUGCCAAAGUAAAUUUUAACACCUAAAAGCUGGGAGAAGGGGCCGUUCUUCUUUUAUGCAGUAACUCUUUGGGGUCCAGGUACUAACAUGCCCCAAAUUUCAUCCUGGUGCUAAACUGACUUGUUUUCCAAUUAAAAAAAAUAAAAGUCUGAGUAAUAUUGCGUAGAAGUACCAGAGAUGGCCUCGUUGGAAACCAAAACUAUUUACAUUCGAUAAGAAAUCUGUUUGCAGGUGUGUCUGCCACAUUUACAGCACAGUGUACAGCUCCCGGCACUCAAUACACAGUGUUGCACAGCUUGCUACAGGAGCAUAAAGUGGAGGUAGUAAAAAGGUGAGGAAGAAAGAGGGAGGAGGAUGAGUUGUUCUCUAUUCAUUUGCUUCUCAUUUCAUCACUAUUUGGUGCUACCCAGACCUUUACAGAGCCAGUCCCCAUAAUACGGGUACAGGUGGCCUGAUGCCCAGUUUCUGUUGCUCAGAUAAUGCAGUCUCAUCUCAUCUGUGAUUUCAGCAGCACUCGUGGCAAUGGUAACAUUCUUUUUCUUUGCAACCCAGGAGUAAGAUGGAAUCUCUGAUUAAAGAGCAAAGCUUGAGUUUUGGACAUGGUAAUGCUGCAGAGGCAGCAGAAGAUGUCAUUUUCAUUGGACCUGACACACAUGCUAUUCAAGCCAUGGGUGACAAGAUUGAAAGCAAAUUAUUAGCUAAGAAAGCAGAGGUUAAUACAAUCCCUGGCUUUGAUGGAGUAGUCAAGGAUGCAGAAGAAGCUGUCAGAAUUGCAAGGGAAAUUGGCUACCCUGUCAUGAUCAAGGCCUCAGCAGGUGGUGGUGGGAAAGGCAUGCGCAUCGCUUGGGAUGAUGAAGAGACCAGGGAUGGUUUUAGAUUGUCAUCUCAUGAAGCAGCUUCUAGUUUUGGCGAUGAUAGACUACUAAUAGAAAAAUUUAUUGAUAAUCCUCGUCAUAUAGAAAUCCAGGUUCUAGGUGAUAAACAUGGGAAUGCUUUAUGGCUUAAUGAAAGAGAGUGCUCAAUUCAGAGGAGAAAUCAGAAGGUGGUGGAGGAAGCACCAAGCAUUUUUUUGGAUGCGGAGACUCGAAGAGCGAUGGGAGAACAAGCUGUAGCUCUUGCCAGAGCAGUAAAAUAUUCCUCUGCUGGGACAGUGGAGUUCCUUGUGGACUCUAAGAAGAAUUUUUAUUUCUUAGAAAUGAAUACAAGACUCCAGGUUGAGCAUCCUGUCACAGAAUGCAUUACUGGCCUGGACCUAGUCCAAGAAAUGAUCCGUGUUGCUAAGGGCUACCCUCUCAGGCACAAACAAGCUGAUAUUCGCGUCAAUGGCUGGGCAGUUGAAUGUCGGGUUUAUGCUGAGGACCCCUACAAGUCUUUUGGUUUACCAUCUAUUGGGAGAUUGUCUCAGUACCAAGAACCAUUACAUCUACCUGGUGUCCGAGUUGACAGUGGCAUCCAACCAGGAAGUGAUAUUAGCAUUUAUUAUGAUCCUAUGAUUUCGAAACUUAUCACAUAUGGCUCUGAUAGAACUGAGGCACUGAAGAGAAUGGCAGAUGCGCUGGAUAACUAUGUUAUUCGAGGUGUUACACAUAAUAUUGCAUUACUUCGAGAGGUAAUAGUCAACUCACGCUUUGUAAAAGGAGACAUCAGCACUAAAUUUCUCUCUGAUGUGUAUCCUGAUGGCUUCAAAGGACACAUGCUAACCAAGAGUGAGAAGAACCAGUUAUUGGCAAUAGCAUCAUCAUUGUUUGUGGCAUUCCAGUUAAGAGCACAACAUUUUCAAGAAAAUUCAAGAAUGCCUGUUAUUAAACCAGACAUAGCCAACUGGGAGCUCUCAAUAAAAUUGCAUGAUGAAGUUCAUUCUGUAGUAGCAUCAAACAAUGGGUCAACGUUCUCGGUGGAAGUUGAUGGGUCGAAACUAAAUGUGACCAGCACGUGGAACCUGGCUUCGCCCUUACUGUCUGUCAGCGUUGAUGGCACUCAGAGGACUGUCCAGUGUCUUUCUCGAGAAGCAGGUGGAAACAUGAGCAUUCAGUUUCUCGGUACAGUGUACAAGGUGAAUAUCUUAACCAAACUUGCCGCAGAAUUGAACAGAUUUAUGCUGGAAAAAGUGACUGAGGACACAAGCAGUGUUUUGCGCUCCCCGAUGCCCGGAGUGGUGGUGGCUGUCUCUGUCAAGCCUGGAGACGCGGUAGCAGAAGGUCAAGAAAUUUGUGUGAUUGAAGCCAUGAAAAUGCAGAAUAGUAUGACAGCUGGGAAAACUGGCACGGUGAAAUCUGUGCACUGCCAAGCUGGAGACACAGUUGGAGAAGGGGAUCUGCUCGUGGAGCUGGAAUGAAGGAUUUAUAACCUUUCAGUCAUCACCCAAUUUAAUUAGCCAUUUGCAUGAUGCUUUCACACACAAUUGAUUCAAGCAUUUUACAGGAACACCCCUGUGCAGCUACGUUUGCGUCGUCAUUUAUUCCACAGAGUCAAGACCAGUAUUCUGCCAAAAAAUCACCAAUGGAAAUUUUCACUGAUAUAAAUACUUGUACAUAUGAUUUGUACUUCUGCUGUGAGAUUUCCUAGUGUCAAAAUUAAAUCAAUAAAACUGAGCAUUUGUCUAAA